AUGCCAAUCAGGCUACUCGAUACCACCACGCUUCGGAUGAGGGUCUUUAUGGGAGAAAAUAAUCCUGGCUAUGCAAUCUUGUCUCACACAUGGGUCGAAGAUGACGAAGUAGACUUUCAAGAGAUGACCGCCAUCGGUCACAAUGAUCAACACCCUGCUACGUUGAAAGGCGGCUACAGGAAGAUCCAUUCCACUUGUGAGAAGGCACGCGAACACGAUAUCAACUACGCCUGGGUCGAUACCUGUUGCAUUGACAAAUCCAGCAGUGCAGAACUGAGCGAGGCCAUCAACUCAAUGUUCAAGUGGUAUCGCGACGCGGCGCGCUGCUACGUCUUUCUAUCCGAUCUCGAGCCGGGUUCUGAUGUUGGGAACGCGAUGAAGGUUUGCAGAUGGUAUAACCGUGGUUGGACAUUACAGGAACUCAUUGCACCUAAGGACCUGCGCUUUUACAACCAGAAGUGGGAGUUUGUUGGUACUAAAACUUACUUCAAGUCAUCAGUCUCUGCAAUCACUGGAAUCGAUGAAGAGGUCCUCAUCGACUGCACCGUCUUACCAGACAUCCCAGUAGGCCGCAGAAUGUUUUGGGCGUCUCAACGAGCGACGACGAGGACGGAAGACCUAGCUUACUGCUUGCUGGGCAUAUUCGAUAUCAACAUGCCUCUUUUAUACGGCGAGGGAGAUAAAGCUUUCAUCAGGCUGCAGGAAGAGAUUAUUAAACGCUCGACGGAUCUCUCAAUCUUUUGGAACUUUCCAAGGACGUGGGUUGGCAUCACCGGGGACUUGGCGGCAAGCGACUUGCGCGCCAGAGGCUACUACCAUGAUUACCCUUGCCGCGACCUUUUCGCUACAGCACCAAGGGAUUUCUCUGAAUCAGGUGGUGUUUUUGUUUCUUCAAAACUUGCCGCAAUUUCCAUACGGGACUUCGCGCCGACUAACAACGGCGUAUACUUUGCAAAAGCCAAAUUUGUAACCGCAGAGAUGCACGGAAAGGUUUCAUCUCGCUACUAUAUUAUGGACCUGGAACACCAUCAGACCAUUUCGACGCGUCAUUGCGGGAUGGUUCUUCAGAAAAUUGGACCCAGCCUUUUUGUGAGAUGCUCAGUGCCUCUAGCAGAAUACGUAGCACAAGGCCUUCUGGAUAGCGGUCUCAUGCUUGUCCGCCGUCCAGAGAUCGAAGACGCUUACAUUGUCACCAAGAUUUCUGCCUCUAUCGAAAGGCAGAUGGAUACCUGCCGCGGUCACACGAUUCAUUUCGAGUCCGAUGGCAACAUGGAAGCGGUAGAACGAAACUUCGACAAGGUGAUUGAAUCACCAGCUCCACGCGAGAACUGGGAUUCGGCGAACAAGGAGUUUAUCACUCUGGGGAGGGCCUUUGAAGGUUACGUGACACUGCGACUUGUCGAUCCGAGAUGGCAGUGGCGAUCUGGGCAGGACUUUUCUUAUUGUUACCUUGCCUGUUCUUCCGAACCUUUGUUGCCGGGAGCAGGCCUACAGCUGAAACUUCUAGAGCAUCACGACUUCGAGAGGCGUGUCAUUAGAUUGCACGGAAAUUUGGGAACAGAAAGAAUUCUACCAAGGGCAUUGUCUCAUGUUCCUCGUAUAACACAAGACAAACUAACCUUGGGUGAUGUGAUGGUCGUAGCCAAAAUCGGAUUCGCGACCGAGCCCGACUAUCCCUCGUAUCGGAUAUCCAUCACACUCAAAUUCCAUGAGGACCCUGGAUGGUGGUGA